AAUUUUCAUUGACCCUGACCAAGUGCACUCGUUUGUUGUUGUUGUGGUUGCUCUUUCGGCUGCUCUUCCUCUUUUCUUUAUCAGCCUCCCCCCUACCCUGCGCGCUUUUGAUGAUCACAAAACAAUCAGUUUGCGUAAUAUGCGACAAUAACAACAGCAACAAUUACGGCGUGAUAAGGACUGGAGCGCAAUAACCCAGCGAAUCAAAUCACGCGAGCAGAGUUACUGAUAUCACUGCAACCCUUCUCCAUUCCAGAUUUAGCAUGGCGGAAUUCGCGGAGGUCUUGCCCCACAAUGGCCUGAUGGACGGGAUCGCCUCGGGAGUGGGGGUGCCCGUGGAGGCCCUCCGGUUGCUCCUCACCAUUUUGGCCGGUUACCCGGUUGCAGCAUUUUAUCAAAAGUUUAUUGCCAUAAUUGCCGACAAAACAGUGCAUCACAUGUUCUUCGCUGGAUGCGGCGCUGGGUUAUGUUACUUCAACUAUGGUCGAGACACAUAUCACUCACUCAUAGCCAUCCUGACCACCUAUUUCCUGAUACUUCUCGUGCGAAAGAAAACGCAAAUAUUUCUGGCCAUUAACUUCGUAUUCCAUAUGAGCUACCUGCUGCUGGGAUAUUUCUACACCUCCAGCAAUGAUUACGAUAUUCUGUGGACGAUGCCUCACUGCAUUUUGGUUCUUCGGAUGAUUGGCUAUGGCUUUGACAUUACCGACGGACUAAAAGAGGAGUCGGAAUUGUCUAAGGACCAAAAGGAGACUGCUCUGAAGAAACCGCCCUCUCUGCUGGAGCUCCUUGCCUUUUCCUAUUUUCCCAGUGGAUUUUUAGUUGGACCGCAGUUCCCAUUUAGCCGGUAUAAGGCCUUCGUCGAUGGCCAAUUCCGUCAGCACGAAGGAAACGUGGAGGCUGGCAUUCGUCGAUUUGGAGCUGGUGCAUUCUACCUGAUUGUGUGCCAAGUGGGAUUGAGAUAUCUUCCCGAUUCAUACUUCCUCACUCCGGAGUUUGCGCAAGUUUCGUUCGUCAAGAGAAUUUAUUUCCUCGGCUUCUGGGCCAAAUUCAGUCUGUACAAGUACAUAUCAUGCUGGCUGCUCACCGAAGGAGCUCUCAUUUGCAUUGGUCUAACCUACAAGGGAGAGGACAAGAACGGACAACCAGAUUGGUCGGGCUGCAGCAAUGUUAAGCUAAAGCUGCUGGAGACCGGAAACACAAUGGAGCACUACGUUCAAAGUUUUAAUGUAAACACAAAUCAAUGGGUUGGGCAGUAUAUCUACAAGCGACUCAAGUUUCUCAACAAUCGCACGAUCAGCUACGGCGCGGCCUUGGGUUUCUUGGCGGUCUGGCACGGAUACCACAGCGGUUACUACAUGACAUUCCUCAUGGAAUACAUGGUUGUGAGCACCGAAAAACAAAUAACUCGUUUCUACACCAAAGUGGUGUUGCCCCAGUGGGGCCAUAUUCUGAACAACUCGGACAUCUACAAGCUGCUAUAUUUCUUCACUCUCAAAUCGUACAACAUAGUUUACAUGGGCUGGUGUCUCACCGCAUUUGUGUUUCUGAAAUACGAGCGGUGGAUUGUGGUUUACGGAGCAGUUAGCUACUAUGGAUUCACUGUUUUAAUACUGUGGGCUGCCUUCUACCACACCUAUAAUCACUUUUUCCGGAGCAGUUCCCGAAAAGAAGCUGGAGAGGAUCAGAAGCUAGAGGAUAAAAGCACGGACAAACUCAUAGAGGAAAAGAAACCUGAAGAUAAGAAGUCUGAGUAGGAUUGGAGAGAUAGAAGGAAGUAACUGGCACUUCUCAAAAUUUUAGUUUUGCCUUGACAGUUGUUUGGAAUUGAUUUUAAACACAUAAUCGAAUUGUUCUUACUAACCAAAUAAGAUGAUUUACCAAAUAACGAGAAACUGUAAUUAGAGAUUUGUUAACUAGCUAUUGAAACACAAUUUUAACAUAUAUAUAUAUAUAUUGUCUGCCUAGUCAAGGAGGAGUCAUCCCCAAGUAUGCAGUGUGUAUUUUGGCGAUAAGAUAUUGUUUUAUCUUGCCCAAGAACACAUUCUCAGUCGUAUAUAUAUAUACUAGACAGAUCACACAAGAAUACGAUAUACCAGGGUCAUUAAAAAUCAAACAAUUUCAUUUAUUGAAAGGGGAGCAGCGCUCAAGGAGACUAAGCCAUAAAGACAGUUUUAUACCAAUGUAAAGAUGAUGCAAAGAUAUAUUUUGAUAUGCUCUAGCUAAGUUUUAUUGUCAGUAAAUUGAGAUGCGAAAUAAAUGCAAUGAAAUUAUUUUUAAGUAAAAA